AUGAAGUACCUUACGGAUUUCGAGUCGCUCGAAAAUAUAAAUAACCAGCUGUCGUGUAUCGAUACCGGAGACUGUAGACUCUUUGGGCGUGUCGAGGCUUAUUCAUGUAAGAACACUGACGAUGACCGCCGUCUAAAACGACACGUGGACGAAAAGUUCCCAGACAAAAGCGGCGAUGUGGAAAUCGGCUCCUGGCAAGGGUCCCACAAUUCCCCCAGCUCGCCCCACGCAGGCUCACUAGGUCAUCCACAUGUAUCUCGCAAAACCUUCUUCUACCUUCUAGCCACCAUGAACGCCGCGUUCCCUGAUUACGAUUUCAGCGAUCUGAGACCCGAUUCGUUCUCGACUGUACCGGUGAAUAUUGUUGCGAAUACGGUCAACACGACAUUGCUUGUGCAUUUGGGGAUAGAUGGCGCACAGCAUGCCGUUGGCGCAAAGAUAUGGGCUGCGAUUGAUGAAGCGAUUUGCUUGAAGGAGUGCGAUAUCUACAGUUUCAAUCCAGAUGGAGACGUGGAGCCAGAUGCUGAGGAGCAGGGAAACUUAUGGAGUUUUUACUACUUCUUCGUCAACCGCCGUCAAAAACGAAUCGUCUUCUUUACUGCCCGAGCAGUCAGUUGUCUAGCACCUUUACAACCAGAAGAGAAGAACGCUAUUUACAUGAUGGACGAUACUGAUGGGCAGAGCGUCGAUGAGCUGCAUAUCCCCGAAGACGAGAGCAGGUAG